AUGGCUCCGCUACCAGAUCAUGUUCUCUUCCGCCCCUUGGGCCCAGCAGAUAUUGAAAAGGUAGUCAAACUCGAAGCCAAGACCAUCCCGUCGCGCGAGUGCACUGGCAAGGAGCGAGUUAGCUACUGGCUGCGCGCCGCUCCCGAGCUCAGCGCCGGCAUGUUUGUGCGGAUUCCACCCCGCAAGGGAACUUCAUGUCGCAAAAUGUCGCGUCGCCGCAGCAGUACUGAUUCGGCCGCUUCCAGCGCAAGUUCAACGAGCUCUUCUUCGUCUUACAACAGCCGAAAGGGUCCAGAAUCAAAGCUUGCCGAUGCGGAAGAGGAGGAUCUGGACCACUGCUGCGACGUUUCAGCAUGUCCACGAUCGCGCGAGAAAUUGAUCGCGUUCAUUAUCGGAUCCAAAUUCGUCGGCGACGAGAUCUCGGACGAAGCACUCUCGGUGCCGAUUCGCAGCAAUAGCGUCAAUCUCAAAAAGCUCCGCCAUCGCCUGUGCUGCGCAAACAACAACUCGUCGCCGGACGCGGCCUCGGCAGAUGAGCUUAAGGGAAUUGGGCAUCUCGAAUAUGGCGACAAAAUCGUGAUCCAGGCGUUUUCGGUCGACCCGGACUACCAAGGAAUGAAGCUCGGGACGACGAUCCUGCGCGAUUACAUCCAGCGGCUGUCGACGCAGGCGGUUGCGUCCAAAAUCGUGAUUCUCGCGCAUGCAGACAUGGUCCCGUUUUAUGAAAAGCUUGGGUUUUACGACUCGGGCGGUAGUCAGAUCAACGCGAAUGGUGCUGAUGAUUGGCAUAACGUGUGGAUCAGUCUGGACGACGGGGAGGAUUAG